CCCCAAAUAAUUCAUCCUGUUCUUCUUGUGAAAGUAUACCUAAAAAUCUUCUAGAAAAAGAUUCACAUUCAGCUGAGAGUAAAACUAAUCUAUUUCAUUUGACAGAAGUUCGUGAGAGAUUGAAUGAUAUUUAUCGUGAGGUGGCGAUU